UAAAAUUGUUUACAAAUGACAUGGAACGAAGUACAACCAGCCAGUCUACCGUUCCUGCCGUCCCGCCUCGGUGACGCCAAUGAGUUCGGGGACACUUCUGACAUCAGGAUCCCGAUUGAGAUCAUGAGAGGGCGAGUCCGGGAAGGCGUUCCUCCACCGCUGUGCGCCGGGAGAUGUGUUGCACCGCCAACAGGCCCAGUGUGUGCCUUUGACGCUACGGGUACAGCUAGAACUUUUGCUACGCUGUGUGAGCUAGAAGCUGUGUCGUGUCGCGAAAGCACGUAUUACGCAAUCACCAGUCUUGGAGAAUGCUGAUAUAGAUGCAACAUGCAGAGUGCUUAGUUCUUAAAUUAGUUUAACUGUUCCUGGCAAUGUGUAGACAACAUUAAAGGUUUAUUUAGACGAGGCAAAAAUAUAGCGAAAAGUUGCGAAUGCACAAAAUGCACUCUUUAGGAAUAAGUAGAUAAAAUCCUCACCUACCUAUACCAGUAAAAUUAAAUACUGUAAACUAUUAAUAAUUAUGAUUGUAAUAUUGCAUAGGUUACAAGAAAGAAAUAGAAGAAAAAGAGCAAAUACUCCUUUAUGAUUUCCUACUUUUUGGUGUAACAUAUUCUGCCUACACAUUGUCGAUUAAACAGGCAUAAUGAACCGCUUAACUACAGACACAUUAAGCUUUACCAUACGUAUUACCUAUGAUAAAUAGUAGGAGACGUGUAUAUGCCUGAACACUCGAAAUUGUUUAUUGUAGAUAUCAUUAUCUUCUAAAUUAUUCAUCAGAAUGUACUUACCCAUGUCGCCAAUGACUUUCGUUUUAUGUUUUGCUUAUCAAUCAUCAAAGUCUAUAUUGAAUGUCGUAAUUCAUGUCACAUAUUACUUAAUCGUCACUUUCCACCAUUUUAAAUUAUACCACAUGCAAAAUUAAUUAAAAUUAUUUCACAACUAUUACGGUAUACACACAAAAUAUUUGAAAAUCAGAAAUAUAACAUUCAAAUGCCGCUCAAAGCUGUUCGAUUUUCGAACAAGAGCCCUUCACAUUUUAUUUUAUUUUUUAAGGUGCCUGUUCUAUUGUUUACGAAAUUUAAAUUUCAAAAUACCUGCGGCCAGGAACUUAUUGUAAAAAGCGAUAUAUAUUUUGAUUUUAAUCGAUUAUCAAAUAUAGCCCUUGUGAGAGGCAAUAAAAGAGAAUAUAUAUUUUAAUUUACGGAUUAUGGUUUUUACAUCAUAACAUUCGAAAAUUAUGAAAAUAUUUGGCUUUAAUGACAAUAUUACGUGAAGGGCUGCAACUAAGGGGUUUUCUAAACUCCAAAUCCAUGUUCAUAAAUAAAUGUUUGAAUACAUUAUUUUACUCGUUACUUUAUUAUAAGCACAAAGACUUUGGUCCAAAAGUUCCUAAAAUUCAAAAUUUCUAAUAUUUCUUUAAGAAAUUUAUUAGUAUGUAAGUAGCUAUAAAAUUAACGCCAAAGUCAUGUUCAAAUAAAUAUUUUAGUAACUCUUGUAUCUUGUAAGUUUAUUCAGUAAGUCAUUAUUUUUUAUUUAUUGUACAAAGUACGAAUUAUAAUGUCAUGCUAUGACCUUAAUAAUGGUAUUAGCAGCGUCAUCAUAAUAGACGAAAUUUAGAUUCAAUAAAGAUUUAACAAGAAUAA